UGCUUCAAUCUGUCGCAACGUUUUCUUUGUUUCACAUGAAAAGUUCUGAUGAACAAACUCAGACCGAGUCUCACCGAUCAAACCGGAUUAACGGGGGAUUAAACCGGAUUAACGGGGGAUUAAACCGGACUAAAGGCGCAGAGGAGGAGCGGCGGGACUCGAACCGGAGCAGAAGUUAGAGUCUGGACCAGAAUCCAGAUCAUGGAUCAUUAGAACCGGACCUGGAGGAAACGGAUCUGGUCUCCAUGGAGAUGAGAGGAUCGAUCGCAGGACUGAUCGUGUAUUGAUUGUUUAUUGAUCAGCGGAAUGGCCGCGCUCCCGCUGCUGCUGCUCGCGCUCUGGACCUGCGGACACGCCAAGAGCGCGUUCGCGCCGCGACCCUCCUACAGCCUGUACACCGGCGGGCACGCGCACGGAGGCCGCGCAGCCAGCAGACACAGGAACUGGUGUUCGUUUGUGGUGACAAAGACGGUGAGUUGUGUCGUCGAGGACGGAGUUGAGACGUAUGUGAAACCUGAUUAUCAUCCCUGCAGCUGGGGCGGACAGUGCAGCCGAGUGGUGGUUUAUCGGACCUUCAUGAGGCCGCGGUACAAAGUGGCCUACAAAAUGGUGACGCAGAUGGAGUGGAAGUGUUGUCAUGGCUACAGCGGAGAGGACUGCUCCAACGGUCCAGCUGGUGGAGCAGGACCCCAGGUCUCCACCUACAGACCACAGCCCAGACCUGAACAUGGAGGAGGGACGGGCUCUGGAGGAGGACAGAGCGGAGGACACGGUGGAAAAGUUGAGAAUGAGAAGAUGAGGCAACUGGAGGAGAAGAUCCAGAGUCUGACCAGGAUCGUCCAGGACCUGCAGUCCACCACGAACAAUCCGUCCGUCAGCAGAGGAGGAGGAGGAGGAGGAGGAGGAGGAGGAGGAGGAGGAGGCUCGUCAGGAGGAAGAAACCCUGCUGAUGCUGCUCAGCCAGAGAUUAAAGAGACGAUUCACAGUAUCCAGACCAAACUGGACCAACUGGACAAUCGCACACAGGCUCAUGAUAAAAACCUGCUCAGCAUCAACAACCACCUGGUGAACGGGAAAGGAAACCAUCUGGACGGAGGUUUGUCUGGAGGAGAACUGAGCGGAGGGAAACUGAACUCACUGAAGGAGGAGAUCCUGAGGGAACUGGAGACCAGAGUGUCGCUGUCCUGCUCCUCCUGUCAGGCCGGUGUGGAGGAUCUGCGCCGACAGCAGCUCGAGGACCGAGAGCAGAUUCGAGCUCUGGAGAAGCAGCUGAACGUCAUGGACGUUCGUUAUGGCCAGGGACUGGACGUGCUGCGGCGGGAUGUGCUACGUUUGCAGGGAUGCUGCAACACUGUCAAUGACCUCCAGAACCGCAUCACUGAUGCUGAACGUAAGAUCAGCUCGGCCUCAGAGAACUUCGACGUUCUACAGAACCGCCUGGAUAAGACGCUCAGCGGAGCAGGAGGCAGCAACAAUCAGAACAGUGGGACCCAAGGAGGAGCUUUUGGUGGUCGCGGUGGAAUCGGUGGCGGUGGAAGAGAUGUUGUGGUGACCGAGGACAUGUUGGACAGUCGCCUAAGAGACGUGGAGCGGCGGGUCAACAACACAGUGCAGCAGACCGAGCAGAGCUGUUCGUACCUGGAGAACGACUUGAAGGACUACGUCCACAAAGAGGUGACGGACCUGAGGACGGUGUUUCUGGACCGGUUUGAUGACCAGGCCUUCAGGAUCGCAGAUGUGGAGCUGGACGUGGGGCUGGUGAAGAACCGAGUGAGUGACCAGGACCAGAGACUCCUAAAGCUGGAAAACAACACCUCCCUCAUCAUCCGGAGGCUGGAGCACUGCAGCUGUGGAGGAGGAGGAGGAGGAGGAAGAGAGGGAGGAAGCUGGGGAGGAGGAGGAGGAGGUGACCGAGGAGAGGGAGGAAGCUGGGGAGGAGGAGGAGGAGAGGGAGGAAGCGGGGGAGGAGGAGGAGGAGGAGGUAACAGGGGAGGAACAGGAGGAAGGCUACCUGGGAUUGGAGGAGGAAACACCACAGAGAAGUCUCUGGCCUGGAGAGUCGUGGCCAACGAGGACAAGAUUCAACAUUUCAACACUCGACUCAAAGACCUGUCGGUGUCCGGAGACUCUCUGUACGACAAGGUUGUGGACCUGAGUCACGACGUUCGUAAGAUCAAAGCCCUGACGGGCGAUCACGGCGAACACUUCAACAGAAUCGUGACGGAGGUGGAGACGCUGGGACACGACUGCGACCUCUGCAGGAAGGUGGAGGAGGAGCUGCGGAGGCUGAAGAAUCACUCCCAGGAUGCACUUGGGCGCAUGCAGAGCCACAUCAACAGACUCCAGAUCCGACUGGACUCAGAGAAAGAUGGCUGCCUCCAGAUGUGUUCACACCUGCAGGGCGACGUCCGCCUGCUGCGAGAUGACGUCAGGAGGUGUAGCAGCAAAUGUGGUGGUUCUGGUGAUUCUGGCAGUUCUGGUGGUUCCGGAGGUUCUGGCAGUUCUGGCAGUUCUGGUGGUUCCGGAGGUUCUGGUAGUUCUGGUGGUUCUGGAGGUUCUGGUAGUUCUGGUAGUUCUGGUGGAUCUGGUGUUUCUGGUGGUUCCCGUGGUUCUGGUGGUUCUGGUACCAGUGAAGGUGGAACUGGGCUGGAUUCUGCGAAGCCAUUAGACGGCCACAGUGUGAUUGGAGGCUCCAUCCACAACAACCAGCUGAAGACGCUGCAGGGCGAACUGUCCGAGGUCGUCCUCACUUUCAGCUCCAUCAACGACACCCUGAAGGGACUCGAACACACGAUGCAGAAACACGGCAGCGUCAUCACCGACCUCGGAAACACCAAAGAUAAAAUCAUCUCCGAGCUGGACAAAAUCCAGCUGGAGGUGACGGAGCACAUGGAGGAGAGCCGGGACCGUUUGGACGGGUUUGAUCGGGACGUGCGGCGGUUCGAGAGCACGCUGCUGGUGGAGAUGGGCGACUGCAAGAGGUCCGGAGACGGGCUGGAGAAGAGGCUGUCGAAGCUGGAAGGCGUCUGUGGGCGACUGGACGGCGUCUCGGACUCAAUCCACAAGAUCAAGGAAGGACUGAAUCGACACGUGUCCAGUUUGUGGACAUGUGUCUCUGGCCUGAACGACACCGUCCUCCAUCAUGGAGGAAUUCUGGACGUUAUUCAGAAGAAUCAGGACGACGUCCACGGCCGGAUGAAGAACCUGAAUUCAAGCGUCACCCACGUCCUCAAAGAUCUUCAGAAUUUCUCUGAGCAGGACGUGAGCGGCCUGCCUGGACCCCCAGGACCAGCUGGUGAAAGAGGAUUAAAUGGGCUGCCGGGCCCCCGGGGGCCCCCAGGACCUCUUGGACUACAAGGACAGAACGGAGCUCGAGGUUUUCCUGGUCCCAAAGGUGAAACAGGUCUGCCCGGUGCUCAUGCUCAUGUCCCCAGACUGUCGUUCUCUGCCGCCCUCACCGUCCCUGUGGACAAAGCUGGGACCAUCGUCUUCGAUAAGAUCUUUGUGAAUGAAGGAGAAUUUUACGACCCGAGAACAGGUGUUUUCACCGCUCCAGUAGACGGACAUUACUUCUUCAGCGCCGUCCUGACGGGUCAUAAGAACGAGAAAAUCGAGGCAGUUCUUUCAAAGUCUAAUUACGGCAUGGCCCGCGUGGACUCAGGAGGCUACCAGCCCGAAGGCCUGGAGAACAAUCCUGUGGCCGAGGCUAAGACCACUCCAGGCUCCCUGGCCGUCUUCAACAUCAUCCUGCCUCUGCUGACUCGGGACACGAUCUGCAUCGACCUGGUGAUGGGAAAACUCGCCCACUCCGUGGAGCCGCUCACCAUCUUCAACGGCAUGCUGCUGUACGAAGACAUGUGACCGCCUCGUCCUGACGAUGCCUGAGGACCAGACCGACAGGAACAUGAAGUGUGGCGUCACGGCCGUUCAGAGGGUUCAACCCUGACCCUGAAUGACCCUGAAUGACCCUGAAUGACCCUAAAUGACUCUGACUCUGAAUGACCCUGAAUGACCCUAAAUGACUCUGACCCUGAAUGACCCUGACUUAGAGGUUAUGACAGAAUAUUUUAAAUGACGUUAUUGUUUCUGAGUCUUUACGUCUCUUUACAUGUGGACGACAGCAGCAGUUGAACUGUGCGACUGCUUUAAUCCAAUCACCUGAUGUGAUGUGGUCACAUGACCUCAGAGCAGCACUGUGAGGACACGACUGUAAACCAGGACUCGCUGACGCCUGCUGCUACUUGAAUCUUUUAAACACGCGACUUCCUGUGGUAAACAAUUACAGAAUUAACAGUUUGUAGCAAUACUACCCCCCCCUAUAGGCAGCAUAGUUCAUUACAGCCACAACAUAAAUAAAAAUGUCUGAUUCUUCAAGUUUGACCAAUAGUGGAGCAAAACCUGCAGAAUGUGUCCAGAAGGUGGCGCCACAGGAGAGAUCGUCUACAUCUAAAAACAAGAUCAGGACAUUUAUUGAUUAUCUGAUUGGUCGAUAUUUAGAUCCCUGUGUGUGAUUGAUGAUCUGAGUCAGAGACACUGAGACGUUUGGACAGAGCGAUGAUCCUCAAGCUCCGCCCUCAGCAGGUCAGACGUUGCCGUGGCAACAAGUGAGAGUUUAACUUUGAAUUUGAUGAAAAACCAAGAAAACAUUUUGCUUUAUAAAAGCAGAAAAUGUUUUCUGUUGAAUUUUAUAGGAAGUGAGUUCACAUUGUGAAUGUUUUUAUAUUGAGCUGCACCUUCUCGUGUUUUAUUUGUGUUCAUUUUUGUGUCCGAGUUUUUAAACCAUUAUAACAAAAUGUCACUUUUAGCGUGUGUUAAAGAACAAAGGCCAUAAAAUACACCAUAUUUUCUUAUUGUCAACAAAUCACAUUAAAGAGCAGCAGUGGAGGAGAAACGUCAGGAAACCACACUGUAAAAAUACCAAGAGAAGUUUUUAUUUUAAAUGUUAUUUAAGUAAACAUAAAAAAUAUUUAUCAUUUAAAUGUUUUAUAUUUUUUAAAUGUGUAAAAUCGUAUAAUAUUUUAUAGCUGUGCGCAAAUACACACACACACACACACACACACAAACAAUAAACACAUCUGUAGAAUCUGACUGAUAACAACACCAUCUAUAAGAUAAAAUAAGAUAAGAUAAAAUAAGUUAAGAUAAGAUAAGAUAAGAUAAUCGGUCCUACAUGUACAAUGAGCUUUGACCACAAGGGGUCAGUGUAGUCACAUUCUAACAUCAGGUGUGAAAAGAACCAGUCACAGAUUAGUUACACACACAUUAGUUGCAUAAUUACACGAGUACUUUAGUACACUAUGUGAGUAAAAGUACUCAGUUACUGUUGUUACUCUAAAUAAAAUCUCAUCAACAGACACAUUAUUAAAACUGUUAGUUUGCUGCUGAACAUGUGAUUUGUUGACAAAAAUUUAAAUAUUCAGUGUGAACGGAAACAGUUUAAAUCUGAUGUUAAACCAUCACCACUGAGACGUAUGAAGGACAAACACACACACACACACACACACACACACACACUCACACAUACACACAUGCACAGACACACACGAUGGUUUUUGCUUUAAUGAUCAUUUCUCUAAGAACGACGUAUGAAUCAUGUAUUUCAACUAAACCUUCUGUUAUUUAAUGACUUCAUCAGAAGCUGAUGUGAGGAUGUGUGAUGGUUUCAUAUCACUGACGUGUUUGUUUUCACUCUAAUAAACUGAUGAACCAGAUAUUUAUAACACGUAUACUUUAACUAUCAUCUUCAUUUAGUCCGAGAGGAGAAGUCACGAGCGUCACUUGUGUUUGAGUGAAUUUUAAAGUUUAUUCUCCGACAGGCUUCAGCUUCACUUCUCAUGUUAAAUCACACUUUUGUAUCCAGUAAAUUUCACUGUCAUUAAAACACGAGUGAAACCAAAGAGAUCGUU